AUGAUAACCCUAAAGAGAUGGACUGAAAAUGUGGAAUCGGUGUUCGAGAUAUGUGAAUGCCCCGAAGAGGUGAAAGUGAAGUUUGCAGCAUGCACAUUUGUUGAUCAAGCUCUCACCUGGUGGAAUGGACAUGUGGAGGCCAUGACUCUUCCCGUAGCCAAUGCCAUGCCGUGGGCAGAAUUGAAAGAAAUGUUGAUGGCCGAGUACUGCCCGCAUGGUGGAAUUCAGAAAAUGGAGCAAGAGUUAUGGAAUCUCACCGUCCGAAACACCGACAUCAAUGCUUACAUAACAAGGUUUAGCGAACUGUCUCUGUUGUGCCCUGACAUGAUUACUUCGGAAGGAAAGAAAAUCGAAGGACUCGUCUGGGGGUUAACCUCCCCAAUUCAAGGAAAUAUGAUACCUGCAAAUCCUGAAACCUUUGACGGUACCAAGAGUUUGGCCAAGAAGUUGUAUGACCACAACAACAAGAUGGGCGAGAAGUUAGGGGAAACUGAAGGCAAGAAGGAGAUUGACAACAAGAAAGGAAAGAAUAACAAGAGAAAGGGAGGACAGGGCUCAGAGUCAUCAAAGAAACAACAAACAGCGACAGUUCAUGCAGUAACCACCCAAGUUCCCUCCACACCACAUGCUCCAGUUUCAUCCACUCCAAGUGCCCCUAAGAAAUACUUUGGAAAUCUCCCAAAGUGCAACAAGUGCAAUUCUCAUCACAAUGGUGAAUGCAGGGAGAUGCAUUGUACCAGUUGGAAUCGAAAGGCUCACACGGCAAAAUAA